GUCGGGGGUGAGGGAGGCGUAGUGGCGGUGUAAUGGGGAUCUUGGGGCCAGUCGGUGCUCUUCUAGCGGGGAUUUAUCGCAGGACGAGCGGCGGCGGCAGGAGCAGGAUCUUUUCCGGAGUGCGAGGGCUGUCCUCAAUAACAUAUCCUAAGCUUAAAGUUUGUAUCAUCGGUAGUGGUCCUGCCGGUUUCUACACUGCCCAGCACCUACUCAAGUACCAUGAAUUGGCUGUGGUUGACAUUUAUGAGAAGCUGCCAGUCCCAUUUGGCCUUGUGAGAUUUGGUGUUGCUCCUGACCAUCCAGAAGUGAAGAAUGUCAUCAAUGCGUUCACCCAGACGGCACAUCAUGAUCGCUGCUCAUUUUAUGGCAAUGUUACUGUUGGGAAGGAUGUAAGCAUAGAGGAGCUGAAACAGGCAUACCAUGCUUUGAUAUUGACCUAUGGAGCUGAAGCUAAUCGAACACUUGGCAUUCCUGGGGAGAAUCUACUGGGUGUCUAUUCUGCAAGAACGUUUGUAGGCUGGUAUAACGGUUUACCUGAAAACAGAAAUCUGGACCCUGAGUUGAGCAGUGAAACAGCAGUCAUCUUGGGACAUGGAAAUGUGGCGUUGGAUGUAGCCAGGAUUCUCCUUUCUCCGAUUGACUUGCUUAAGAAAACCGAUAUCGCUGCACGUGCUUUGGAGGCUAUAGCAGCUAGUAAGGUAAAGCGGGUACUACUUGUUGGGAGAAGGGGACCUCUCCAGGUGGCGUUUACCAUAAAGGAGCUGCGUGAGAUGAUUAAUUUGCCUGAUACUCGUCCAUUGCUGCAUCCCAGUGACUUUGAGGGGCUCAAACAGAUUGUUAAAGACUUGCCAAGGCCAAGGAAGCGGCUGUCGGAGCUCAUGAUAAAAGCUGCUCUUGAAAAGUCUCCUGGGAAAGAAGCUGAGCGUCGAGCAGCAGCCAGUAAAGAAUGGGGCCUUCAGUUCUUGCGGAGCCCCUUGGAGGUGAUACCCAGUAAUGAUGGCAAACGGGUGGCUGGGAUUCGGCUGUCUGUUAACAAACUGGAGGGUUUAGGAGAGUCUGCAAAGUCCGUUCAGACAGAAGACAUUGAAGAUCUGGAGUGUGGAUUAGUGCUGAGCAGCAUUGGCUAUAAAAGCCAUCCCAUUGACCCCUCUGUUCCAUUUGAUGAGCAGCAAGGGAUUAUCCCAAAUAAUUUGGGACGGGUCCUGCAUGCACCAGGCCUUUACUGCAGUGGCUGGGUGAAAAGGGGACCAACGGGGGUUAUUGUAACCACGAUGCACGAUGGCUUUGAAACGGCUGAGUCGGUGCUGGAGGAUGUACGUUUAGGAUUACUGGAUGUGUCUGCUUCAAAAGGAGGAUAUAAAGCAAUGGAAGUUUUGCUUAAACAAAGAGGUAUACGCCCAGUUUCAUUUUCUGGAUGGGAAAAGAUUAAUGGUGUUGAAGUGGCAAAUGGAGAAGAAGCAGGCAAACCCAGGGAGAAACUGCUUGAUGUGCAAGAGAUGAUAGAUGUGGCCAAUCAGUGAACGAGCCGCUCAAUGAAGAGGUCCACACUUGAGAGUAAAUGUACGGAUUAGAUGUGUCCUACCUCAGAGACCAUUCUCAGCGCUUGGUUCUCAAUGCAAAACAGUACCUCAGUUUGUUGUUCUUGGAUUAAAGAGGCAGGAUCACUAAGAUUAACAUGAAUGAGCAAGUCCAAUUGGUCCAUCAUGGGUCAUCUUCAUAAAAAAGACUACUGUUCCCUUCUUUGUGAAUCACAAUAUCUAACUGAUUCUUAAAUGAGUUAAAUUUUUCUCUUCGCAACUUUAAGAUCAUUCCCUGCAUGAAGAGCUUAAGUUGUCCGUCUUUAAAUUUGAGUUUCAUCAUUGUGGAACUAUGCCCACUUAAUUUUACUUAAUGUUUAUUUUGAAGUGUUAUCGCUAACUUGCUGUUUCUGUGUGCUACUUAUUAUCUUGAGCAUCUUUUAAAAGGUUUCCUCUCUGGGUUGAAGAGCCCAGUUUUCUUCAGCCUUUCCUCGAUAAGAGCCACUUUAUUCAUGAUUUUCACAGCAUAAAAGCAUUGAGUUGCAGAAUAUGGUCCCUAAAAGCACCAGCAAAAAUCCUGGUAAUAAAAUAUUAUAGUCACUGUAAAUCAGUGGGGCCUGCUCGUAACUGUCAUCUUGCACUAGAACCUGCAUGUCCUUGUGGCUUGAAUGUUUUCCUUGUGUUUUGGUGUGAAAGCCUGGGCAUGCCAUUUAAGGUGUGGUCUAGGUAGAGCACUCUUAUUUCAGCAUGGCAUCCUCUUGACAUUCUGAUUUAGCACCAUAAUUCAACGUUCCAUUUGCUUUAUUGGUUACUGCUCCAGGAUAACUGGACAUGAGUACUGAGUUUGCUAACAACCCUGGAUCUUUCAAUUUCACCUGUAACUAUCCUGACACUAUUGAAACAGAGUGUGCAUGUCAUCCAUUUUAUUAAAAUGGUUGUACCUCUCAGUCCAUUUCAUCUGCCACUGUUUCACCCACUAACCCUUCAUCUAGCUCAUUUUGUUGGCUCUUGGCUGCCUCGUUAGGCUUGACUUAUUUCUCUUUUUUUGUCAGAUUGUAUUGGGCUCGAGUCCAAGACAUUGUUGUAAAUAAGGAACAAUACAGACCACAAUACAAGGCAGGUCCAUUCUUCUCCAUUCCACUCUCUUUUCUACCACCUCACCCAAACACCCCCCUGAGCCAAUGAAGCACAGGAAGACUGGAUUUCUUCUCUCAUCCCUUCUUAAUUUACACCCUGGUUUCCUUCAACCUUUAAACAAAAACCUUUUGCAGCUGACAUUGGAUGAAUGUUAUUUUUUAAAAUCUGUCUGUAGGGGAGCUCCAAAUGAACAACACAGCUAGACAGCCAUGAAAAACAUGUGUUUGUGUGUUUACUACUUUGUCCCAUCCUAAUCCACACUCAUUCAAAUAUAGUUCAGCUUUGAGAUAUUACCACAGAUGGUGGAGGUCUUUCCACCUAUUUAACUAAUCUUUCCAUAGAAACCUUCAGGCUUCCUCUAUCACAACCAAUCAUCUCUUCAUAGCCAGUCGGCUAUUCAAUGACUACCACAUUUUCGCCCCUCUUCCUUUAUUCAGACGAGUAUUAUGAGUAUUUAUCACUUUGUGCAAAGUCCCAGACUUAACCUUUUACUAUUUUAGUAUUCAUGUUCCCAUGUCUUGCAUUUGUGAUUAAAUCAGUGGGAGCUGCUCAUAGUUCAAUCA